AUGAUUUUCAAUCUAGACAAAAUUAGAUAUUCCAUAGUUUUACUUAUUAGUGUUACGUUUGGAUUCAUUUAUGCAUACGAAGAUGACAAUUAUCAAUUGAAAUUAUUAAAUGUACUAUUUAGACAUGGAGAUCGAACACCUGACGAUUAUGAAACUUAUCCAAAUGAUCCUUAUUUAAAUUAUACUUAUUAUCCAAUUGGUAAUGGACAAUUAACAAACGAUGGUAAACUACGAGAAUUUCGAUUAGGUGAAUUUCUUCGAAAAAGAUACGACAAUUAUUUAGGUUCGUUAUAUAUUCCAAAAACAAUUGAAGCUCGUAGUUCGGAUUACGAUAGAACAAAAGUAUCCUUACAACUUGUCCUAGCAGGACUAUUUCCAACUAAAAAUGUUCAAAUAUGGAAUGAUAAUUUAUUAUGGCAACCAAUUCCCACGAAAUAUGUUCCAAGAGUCUAUGAUAAUCUUUUUCUUACGCACGAAUGUCCUAGAUUUUCGGAUGAAUUGAAGACAAUUUUAGAAUAUACUGAAAUUAAAGAAGAAUUAGCUUCAUUCGAUGAUUUGAACAUUGAACUUUCUAAAUAUACUGGAAGAAAUGUUCAUAAUCCUAUCGAUUAUGGUUUUAUAUAUACAAUUUUAAUAUUACAAAAAUCUAUGGGUUUUCUUUUACCUGCUUGGACGAAAUCAUUGCUUCCGAAACUUUAUGAUGCCGCACUUUUCGGACCAAUGCUUAAAGAAUUUAUACAGAAUAUCGUUGGAUAUUUAAAUGGUACUAUUGAAGUGGACAACAAAUUGUUUUUAUACAGUGGUCACGAUUUAAAUGUUGCUAGUUUAUUGUAUAGUUUGAAUAUAUGUGAACCACAUAUUCCUGAAUAUUCCAGUAGCAUUUUUAUGGAACUUUUGUACAAAGAUGGGAUAUAUUAUGUCAGAAUAUUAUAUUAUCUGGGAAUUCCAGCUGAACUUAAAGUACUUCGACUUCCCAAUUGUGAAGAAAUAUGUCCGUUAAAUACAUUUUUUCAAUUGAUUAUUGACAAUUUACCUACAGACGAAGAUAUGAUUUGUGAUAAAAGAAAUACUUCAAAAUAUGUUGAUCAAAAGUAUGAUUAUACUAUUAAAAUAUAA